UCUCUUGGCGAGACGCAUGGUUCCGUGCGCAGACGAGGUCAGCUGCGUCUUUGGCUCCAAGUCGCCGCCAUAAAAGUGAACCCCGCCAAAUACGAAAAGCUAAUCCCACCACCCACUGGAGCCGCAUCAGCCAACGUCGGUGGUAGGCCACGCCGAGGACGAUGGAAAUCAUCUGCUCCUCAGGACGACUCGGAACCAGUGAAACAAAUCCUGCAGACGUCCCACGGAACUUCGUAUUGGAUCAAUUUGGAAAGCAUUCAUCGAGUUCUUCAGUCACCUACACGCCGUUCACUGACUGCCAAUGGCCGUAAACAGUCCUCAAAAGACCAAUGCCCUAAACCCACAAGAAAAGGUCUGCAUUGUUUCAACUUUUUCUGUGGAUUCCGAAAGCGGCGAUCCGACUGCGCCGCCGACCCGGUCCCCGUUUCACCCUCUCCACCGAAGGUUGCCAACGACUAUAGACUGCCCUCCUACGUUCUACCUCUUUCAAACCCCAACGCGGAAACUGAAAACACAGCCACCGAAACUAACCCCGAGGAGGACGCCGAGCUCGAGCGCCUGCGCCGUGCCAAACUCACUCUCCUCGACGAAAAGUCAAAUCAACUGUUUGCGUUGCUGGCUGACUCCUCCUCCGCCCUGCACGAUGCCCUAGUGAAGUUCCUUGAACAAACCAGUGGAGUGCUGGUACUGGGCUGUCGUGCCGAAACCCCGCCCUUCGAGAACAACACAGCGAGCAAUCAGUACAUUCCCGCGUCAUCACUUCAACCGACG